UCAUUGCACACUAUUGCGUGUGUUGCCAUUGUUUUUGUGUGUAGCCUUGACCCAAAUGGGUGCACUGGAGCAAUGACCGUCGUACUUUUCUUUAGGCCGCUGAGCCAUUCGCAUACUUACAGGAUUUCCACUGGCCACAGGAUAUUUUAUUCAUUCAGAACAGCACCGGACCGCUGUGUCAGGUUACAAAUACCUACCAGAAUAUUUUCCUCGUACAGGCUGGUUAAAAUUGGCUCCAUCAUUCUGCGCAGGCAGGAAUCUAAAGGGUUUAUCCAGAACCUGCUAAGAUUGGCGUCAACCGAUAUGGCGUCCAAUUCCGCAGCAGCAGCGGGUUCUCCGAUAUCGCGCGCCUGGCAGAAAUACCUGCGCUACACGGACGCCAAUCCGUUGAAAGUGCAGGCACUCACCGCGCUGAUCUUCGCUGCCAUGGGCAAUCUCAUCUCGCAGACGCUGGUGGAGAAGAAGGGACUAACGCAGAUUGAUCUCUUCAGCACGGCGCGCUUCACCGCCAUCGCCGUCUUCUACAGUUUUCCCAUCGUCCGCUGCUGGCUGUGGGUGCUGGAGAACAAAGUGAAGCCAGGGAAAUUCGCGCCCAUUAAGCGCGUCCUACUGGAUCAGCUGGUGUUCGCUCCCAUCAACUACAUCGUGUUCAUCGCGGUUAUGGGUCUUGUGGAAGGAGACACGUGGGAGGCCGUCCAGCGCAGACUGAAGAAUGAUUACUGGAGUGUGAUGUUUUCCAACUGGAAAUUGUGGCCCGCUGUACAGUUGAUCAAUUUCUACUUCGUCCCUUUUAACCAGAGAAUUCUCUUCCUCAGUGUGGUGAGUUUGUUUUGGAACACAUACUUGGCAUAUGUUGUGCGGCAAGGAGGAGGAGAAAUGGGGACGAUGUCGAAGAAUGCGACAAACUGAUUGUGAGCGGAGAUUGUGAAAGUGAGACUGUCUGCUUAUUUUCUGUGACUUACUAAAGGGUAUUUGGGCAGUUGACUUUCGCUUUUAAAAAAAAAAUUAUUUUAAUUAUUAACCGCCAUGGCAGUGUCUACCUUUGGGGUGUGCUGAAUCGCAAUUUGCGAUUAUUUUACCCUACGAUCGGGGGCUAUUUGCCACUGCGACAGAGCUUUUGGUCUGAAAUUUCAGAUCUUGUAUAGUUACUUGCUGUAAUAAAAAUCCUGAAGAUAUUUGAGUUUUCGAUAUUGACAAACGAAUUUCCCUGCUGGCUUGAUGCUAUACUCUCGAUGGAAAUUUGAUUGUUGAUCCACACAUAAAUUUUAUUGCUGAA